AAUAUUAUUUAUUUUAAUAUUAAUAAUUAUUAGUAUUAAUUAUUUUAAUUUGCCUACUUCUUCAUAAUUUGCAUUCAUUUCGAUCAUCUGCCCAAAUAUACUCGAUUAACUUGAGACUCUCUCUUCGCCACUGUUAAUUGUCAUUAUAUUUAUUCCAAUUAGAUGACGCCGAUUUUGGCAUGUCGCCGGCGUUGGUAGUCCUCGUAGCUCCAGUGCAUAUCGACAAUCCCACUUUUCGGGCCUCUUACCCAAUCUCCUUCGAACUCGGUUUUCUCGAAUCAGCCAAUUCGAACGACAUCAAAAGUUUCCAUACCAUAUGGAACGCACCAAUGCCAUGGAUGGAGCUCCUGGGAUUUCAAAAUCGAAUGUCAAGAAUUCGAAUUUCACCUUCAACACUCCUUCAGCUUCAUCUUCGCGCCCGGUUUCGGGCCUGUCUAGGCCGAGAUUGAUGAAGGUUCGAAAGCAGAAUAAUGCUCAGAGUUUGAGGUCGACGACAGGGAUCGGGGAGAAUCUGCUUGCUUCUGGUUUCAAUCCUUUUGCUUCUGAUGACGAUAACUUGGUUCGACCCUUUUCUGGGUCGGGGAUGGCUUCGUCGUCUAUAUUCAGUGAAAUUGAUGCUGUUCAGACUGGAAAUGAGCCAUUUGUCUUUGGAGCAAAGACGGUUGAUUCGGGUUCGAAUUUAAAUAAGAACAACAUGGGUUCUGGUUUGAAUUUCGAUCAAGGAAUUGUUGAUCAAAUGAAAAAUCUGAAAAUGAGCAAUGUGAAUAGUGUUUCAAACUUUAAAGAUGGGGGUUAUAAGAAGGGCGAGUAUUCAUUUCAGAGCGGUCAUAAGAAGAGUUCCAGUCAUGAUGGAAGCAUGGCAUCUACGCUUCCAGAAGAUAUGAGGAAGUUGAAUAUUGGUGUUGGUGGAUUUGAAGACAUUGACAAAGCCAAAAGCAGGUGUUUAAAUUCAUAUACAGAUAAUUUGUCUAAAUUCAAAUUCCGAAGCAUAUCCAACCCAAGCGUUUCUUCCAGUGUUGAAAUAGAACUCCAAUGUGAGUUAAACAAGAAAUUGAGUAUUAUAGAUAGUUGUUCUGGUGGUCUACAUAUUGAUAAGUCAACAAACGAAGUUCUCGACCGUAUGAAGAAUCUAAAUGUAAAGGAUUCUUCAGGUUUUGAUAGUGUUAAGAAGAAUGAAGUUGACGCAACGACUGGUGGCAAAAAAAAGUCUACGUCUGCAAGCAGUAAAACAACAACUAGUUAUAUUGGGGGAAGAAAAGAGGCCAGUCUGUUGAGAGAAAUGGAGAAGUUAAAGUUGUUAAGUGAGAAGGGGGACUUCACUAGACCAAAAUUUUGGAAUCCUUCCUCUCAGGUACAUGUGGGGGAAAUUAAUCAAACAGAUGCAAGUGGUGGUCAGGUAGACAAACCCAAGGAAGGCAACAGAAUGACACAAAAUGCCACGUCGUCAUCAUCAUUCUUAUCUGGAGGCAUUAAUUUUCCCAUGGUUGGAAAUGAUUCUGGAGUUACUAGGACAGAUGAAUUUGUCUUUACAGGGAUCAAAGAUAAUUCAAACUCAUCUUUUGUUGAGUUCAAAACACCUGCAUUAAGGAACGAACAAAGUUGCUACACAAGAGUGAAGAAAAGGAGAGGUAAACUGAAGCUGUCUACCCCUGUCCAGCUGUUUCAUGGACAAGAUUUUGUUUCAAAGGAGAAUGUUACCGAAGGAAACCCUGAGGCUUCUGAGGCUUAUUCACCAAUGGAAGUGUCUCCAUAUCAGGAAACGUUGGCUGAAACUCGGUGGUCAAGGGAGAACUCUGUGACGUCCAAUGAGUCAUCGAGUCUUGAUACCAACUCCGUAGUGCAGACAACUGCUCAUGAUCCUAUUGAUGAAGAUGUAAUAAUGAAAACAGAACUCUUUAUUGCUGAAUGUGAUGCUGCAUGCAAUGAAACAAAGGAGAAAGCUUCAGAGUAUCACAUUCCUAAAAAUAUUUUCAAUGAAGAUCCACAAGAUGGGUCCGCAUCUGGGGUGGAAACUGAAAGCUUUAAGUCUGCAAAUGAUGACGUGGACAUAAUCAGUGAUGCAGCUAACACAUCAGUAGAUGUUGCAAGCAGUCCAAGCUCAAGUGUUGAAGCCUGUGGUGGUGAUAGUAUUCCACAUCUCAGUCGUGCUUCAAGUUCCAAUGAUAUAACUGGGUUCCCCUUCACAUUUUCUGCCUCUUACUCCUCUGAGGUUCAAUCAUCUAGCCCUAAGCGCCACCUCAAAAAGAAAAGUUGGGUAAAAGUUGGUUAUGAUGCUCACAGCUCCACUCCAAACUUGAAAAUUUCCUAUUCAUCACCAUCAAAGUCCUUUUCUUCUUGUUCCAAAACAUCAUCUCUUUUCACAUCUGGGCAAGCUCAAAAAGACAAAGUAUCAACUCCUCAACCUAAAACAUGGGAUUCUGAGAUUAGUAAGGAGCAGGGGAUGAAAGAGGAGCCUGCUUCUAAUACUGCUGCAAGCAUUGCUGCUCAGGAAGCUUGUGAAAAGUGGCGACUCAGGGGAAACCAAGCCUAUAAAAAUGGGGAUCUAUCUAUGGCAGAGGAUUGUUACACUAAAGGACUUCAAUGUGUUUCUAAAGAAGCAACAUCCAGGAGCUCCAUGAGAGCUUUGAUGCUUUGUUAUAGCAAUCGUGCUGCUACGCGCAUGUCUCUUGGAAGGAUGAGAGAUGCACUAAAAGAUUGUAUACUGGCAGCUGAAAUAGAUCCAAAUUUCCUCAGGGUACAACUUAGAGCUGCGAAUUGUUACCUUGCUUUGGGGAAAGUUGAAGAUGCAUUGCAAUAUUUCAAGAGGUGCUUGCAAACAGGAGCUGGUGUUUGUGUAGAUCGAAAAAUUGCUGUGGAAGCUUCUGAUGGCUUACAAAAGGCACAGAAAGUAUCAGAAUUCAUCAAUCAUUCUAUUGAACUUUUGCAAAGAAGGACAACGUCUGACAUGGAUAGGGCAUUGGAACAAAUUAAUGAGGCAUUGAUGAUAAGUUCAUACUCUGAAAAAUUACUUGAAAUGAAAGCAGAAGCUCUUUUCAUGUUGUGUAAAUUUGAAGAGGUGAUUCAGUUGUGUGACCAAACCCUUGGUUCUGCUGAGAAGAAUUUUUGUUCAUUGGAUGCUGAUGGAGAAGUCAUAAAUUUGGAUAACUCAAAACUCUCAAAAUGCUUCUACUUCAGGCUAUGGCGAUGCUCAAUGAAAAUUAAAUCCUACUGUCACCUUGGAAAGCUUGAAGAAGGUCUUUGUUCGCUAGAGGAACAAGAAAAAAUGGUCUCUUCCAUGAACAAGAGUGGAAGCAAUUUUUUUGACUCACUGAUUCCCCUGGCUGCCAUUGUACGUGAACUAUUACAUCACAAGACUGCAGGGAAUGAAGCAUUUCAGGCAGGAAGGCAUGCAGAAGCUGUUGAGCAUUAUACAGCAGCUUUGUUAUCUAAUGUGGAGUCCCGCCCAUUUUCAGCUGUCUGCUUUUGUAAUCGUGCUGCUGCUUAUACAGCACUAGGUCAAAUUACUGAUGCUAUUGCAGAUUGCUGUCUAGCUAUAGCUCUGGAUGAAAAUUAUUUGAAGGCACUUUCUAGGCGUGCAACUCUGUAUGAGAUGAUCAGAGAUUACGCCCAAGCAGCUAGUGAUAUUCGGAGGCUUGUCUCUAUUCUCAAUAAGCGGGUGGAUGAUAAGGCCAAUCAGCAUGGAAUAUCUGAUAGAUCUUAUAAUUAUGCUAAUGACUUGAAACAGAAUUCUAUUCGGCUUUCUGAAAUGGAGGAGGAAGCCAGAAAGGAGAUCGCUCUUGACAUGUACCUCAUAUUGGGAGUUGAACCAUCUGUUUCUACAUCUGAAAUCAAGAAGGCCUAUCGAAAAGCUGCACUUAGGCAUCAUCCUGACAAGGCUGGCCAAUCUUUGGCACGGAGUGACAAUGGUGAUGAUCAGAUGUGGAAGGAUAUUGCUGAAGAAGUACGUCGAGAUGCUGAUAGGCUUUUCAAAAUUAUUGGAGAGGCCUAUGCAGUAUUGUCGGACCCUGCCAAGCGUGCACAAUAUGAUGCUGAAGAAGAAAUGAGAAAUGCUCGAAAGAAGCGCCAUGGUGGUAUCAUGGCUAGAACUAAUGUUGACACCCAAUCUUAUCCAUUUGAGCAAAGCAACAUUAGGAGACACUGGAGAGAUUUGCGGAGAUCGUAUGGCGGUUCUUCUUCCAGAGGUUUUGAAACUGGUCAGUCAGGCAGGUACUAAAACUAAGUGGGAAACAUCAAUCAAUGGCAAGAAUCUGGAUUGAAACUCUUGGAAUGUGACCAAUUUAUAUGAUUCACCAGCUGCUUUUUACCCGCCAAACAUAAGCAUCUAUAUGCACUUAGCAAGAUCAGUUAUGCCUUAGUUCAGCUGCUCAUUGACUUCAUCAGGUUCACUCAUAGGAUUUGAGAUCGCUGGCAUGACCAUUCAAAAUCUUGCUUGGUGAAUAAUUGUGAUUGCCUUGGAGGCAAUAGUCUCCCCCCCCCCCCCCCUUCCCCCCGGGCCAAAAAAAAAAAAUAAUAAUUCAAUUGGCAACGGAAAGAAAGCACAACAUGCUUGCAUUCCGUGAUCGUUGCGUUCCUUUCGUGGCUUACCUUCUACAUGAGGAAGGGUUUGGUGAUUGAAAAAUUAUGAGCUUGGUUUUCAUUUUUACUUGUUUUAGAGCAAAAUGAGCUUGGUUUUAUUUAAAAGCUUGAAAUUUUGCAAUGAGACCAACUGAGGUGAUCUCAUUUUUUGAGACAUGUAAAUGUUCCGUAGUUACUUGUCAGAAAGUUGAUAUUCAAAUAUGUAACCAGUUUUGCCUGUAACCUUACAAUGUAUGCAAAGGGGGAGUUCGAUUUCUCCCUGGUUUAUUCAAUGAAGUCGUUUUUAUUUUUUUAA